UGUGUGUUUUGUAUUGCUGUAGCCCUCCGCCCCUCUGCAGAUGUAACGGAGCGGAAGCUGCUGCCGUCAUGCGCGCACAGUGUUGAUUAGCAGGUGGGAAAAGAGCACGCGCGAACGGGUUUUGUAGCGCAAACUACUUGUUGAUGAUCCGCGUUUAUGAGAAUCAAGUGCGAAUGGAGCACCGAGUCAGAGGCAGCAGUUUGUGUGCUCGAGCAUGCCGUGGAAGAGGCGAUGCUCCGGAAACCAAGGAAAAAGCAAAGGAAUAGCUGAGAGACAGAGAGAGAGCACAGCCUCCUUCUCCUGCCUGACGACGGACUGAAGCUUUUCCGCUGCCGCCUUCAAUCUGUCCCACACUGGACAGCGAUCGUUUCGAAGGCAAGUUCACUGCAGUCCACACAGAGGCGGAUUAUCAUCGAGCCAGACGUUCUCAUUAGCGGAUAACGAGCAUGGCCUGCGAGCUGUUUCCUUGUUCUUCACGUUCAGUUCUGGGUUUAAGUCAGUUUCACAUCCCUCCUUUUUUGCAGCUGGAAGAAUGAAGGAGAAGAGAAGCAGAUUAAGGCGGUAGUUCUCUCAGACACUUCCAACUGUUACUCUAUAAGGAGGGCUCGUUAAGGAGAUAGGAAAUGAUUAAGACCGGGUCACACUCUACCUCCACUGUGCCGCCUGAGCCGGUGGAGAUCAUCCGGAGCAAAGCCAGCUCACGUCGCGUGCGCCUGAACGUUGGUGGUCUCCUGCAUGAGGUGCUGUGGAGGACACUAGAUCGGCUGCCGCGCACACGCCUUGGCAAGCUGCGGGACUGCAACACACAUGAGGCUAUCAUGGAGGUAUGUGAUGACUAUAGCCUGGAGGAGAAUGAAUAUUUCUUUGACAGACACCCAGGUGCAUUCACGUCUAUUCUAAACUUCUACCGCACGGGUAAGCUGCACAUGAUGGAGGAGAUGUGUGCACUCUCGUUCAGUCAGGAGCUUGACUUCUGGGGUAUUGAUGAGAUCUACUUGGAGUCAUGCUGCCAAGCACGCUAUCACCAGAAGAAGGAGCAGAUGAAUGAGGAGCUGAAACGUGAAGCUGAGACCAUGCGUGAACGUGAGGGUGAGGAGUUUGACAACACAUGCUGCACAGAGAAGCGCAAGAAACUUUGGGAUCUCUUGGAGAAACCCAACUCUUCUCUAGCAGCAAAGGUUUUGGCCAUCAUCUCAAUCCUGUUUAUUGUUCUCUCAACCAUCGCUUUGUCACUCAACACCCUGCCAGAGCUUCAGGACACAGACGAGUUUGGGCAAGCAACUGACAACCCUCAGUUAGCCCACGUAGAAGCAGUCUGUAUCGCUUGGUUUACCAUGGAAUAUCUUCUUCGCUUCCUCUCCUCACCCAACAAAUGGAAAUUUUUUAAAGGCCCAUUGAACAUCAUUGACCUGCUGGCCAUUCUUCCAUACUAUGUUACCAUUUUCCUGACAGAGUCCAACAAGAGUGUGCUGCAGUUCCAGAAUGUACGUCGAGUGGUGCAGAUCUUUCGGAUUAUGCGCAUUUUGCGAAUCCUCAAACUGGCACGCCAUUCGACUGGGCUACAGUCACUAGGCUUCACAUUACGGCGCAGUUACAAUGAACUGGGUCUGCUUAUCCUCUUCUUAGCAAUGGGCAUCAUGAUAUUCUCUAGUUUGGUCUUCUUUGCAGAAAAAGAUGAAGAAGACACAAAAUUCAAAAGCAUCCCAGCUUCCUUCUGGUGGGCCACCAUUACCAUGACAACUGUGGGCUAUGGAGACAUCUACCCCAAGACUUUAUUAGGAAAGAUUGUUGGGGGACUUUGUUGCAUUGCAGGAGUGCUAGUAAUUGCCCUACCCAUUCCUAUAAUUGUAAACAACUUUUCUGAGUUCUAUAAGGAACAGAAAAGACAAGAGAAGGCCAUCAAAAGGCGUGAGGCUCUGGAAAGAGCCAAGAGAAAUGGCAGUAUUGUGUCUAUGAAUAUAAAGGAUGCUUUUGUUCGAAAUGCAGAGCUAAUGGAUGUAGUAGUGAUGGAGAAGACAGAGGAAAACAUGGCAAAAACAGACAAAGUACAGGACAACUGUCACAUGUCACCCAGCCGCUGGAAAUGGACACCUAAGCGCACCAUCUCAGAAACCAGUUCCAAUAAGUCAUUCACUGGAAAAGAUCAAGAAUCUCCAGUUAGAGCCACUAGCCCCAUCAGUCCACAACAUCUUAAUGUCCAGAAGCUGGAGGAGAUGUACAGCAAAAUGGCCAAGACCCAGUCCCAGCCCAACCUGAACAGUAAGGAACAAGGUAAUUUGUCAAAAUUGGCAAAGAGAAGAGAUGAAAUGGAAAUGAGAAGCAUUCCUGUGAAUCAGACACCCACCACAACAGAAGGAGUGAUGGAUAUGAGAAGCAUGUCAAGUAUUGACAGCUUCAUCAGUUGUGCUACAGACUUUCUGGAAAGCUCAAGAUUUUCACACAGUCCCAUCUCAAACCAACCUAGCCGAGUCAGUGUCAAUCCGGGACUCGAGACAACCCUUGAACAUGAGUCCAUGGAGAAGCCUGUUGGUCCACCCAAGCCUGGGCGAAUGUUAUUCUCUGACAGUCCUCGUGGGCUCCGCAUCAGCAACCCUCUGAAAACAAGGUCUCUCAAGGUCAACUUCUUCUCAGGAGAAACCACAGGUUCUACUACAGGUUCAGAUCAUGGAGGAGGCACUGCUGCUUUCUCUGAAAGUUCUGAUCGGUCCGUUAUGAGUCCAGAAGUGUCAGUCUAUACCACUGCCAGCAGCAAGACUCCACCAAAGUCUCCUGAGACACUGGUACCAACUGUUUUCACAUUUCAUGAUGCAUCGAUCAGCAGGUACAUUGAUGCAGAUACAGAUGAUGACGACCACCUUCAUGACGGACCAGGUUCUAGUCCUUCUGAACGUCUGUUAGGUAAUACAAGCCCCAAGCUCAGCAACAGUUCUUACCAAAGAGGAGCAAACCACCUCGAUUUGUCUCAGAGAAUGCUGGGCCAAAACAGUCUGUUCUCCUUGGAGGGGCGUUCAAAGGGACAAGAAAAUCAUAUGAUUUCAGGAGACAGAGGACAUUCUAAAACAUUAAGCGAAAAUAAUUAAAACAGGGAAUGUAGCUUAUAACAACUGGAAUUAUAGAAAGCUGAUGACUAUAAAUUAACUACCAUUAUUCUAAAUCUUCACAAUCCAUAAGAGUUGCCAUGGUAAACAUGGACAGUAGAUGCGAUAGGAAAAAACUUUUAGAUCAUUUGCUGCUCAAGUCAGCAAGCUGUUGGAAUUACAGAAACAUCCAGCCAAAAUGCAGUUCAAGGAUUGCUGAUUGAAAUGGCUGAAGGUUGAAAUUUGCGACCCCAAUAGACUCCAAACACAAAUUGUAGAAUUAGGCAUUUCCUAAAGCCAUUUAGUGCAAAGAGCCAUUUUUCUAACUAUGAUUCUUCCUCAAAACUGGCCUUAGUUUUAUGUACGAACAGUAACACUUUGUGUAUUUAACUGUAAAGGGAUUGCAUGUAUGAGAAUGAGAAGAGAAACCAAAAUGAUAAAGGAAUACGUAAACAGCUGACAACAUGUUAAAGACAUACUGUUUCGUGUAAACAGAUCCGACAUUUUCCCAUCUCUUUAACCCAACCAUUCAUUAAUAUUCCUCUGAGGAGAUAUGCAAGUGGAGUGAUUUCAGAGGAUACAGGCACUGUGAUUUGCUGUCUUUGGUCAAAUCCUGUUACAACCCACUCUUGAGAGGAACUAACGUGUCUGUUUUUCUUAUUUGAUUAUGCAUACAGUUCAAUUUUUUUGUUUGUUUGUUUUUUGUUUGUUUGUUUUUUUCUUUUUUUUCGUUAUGAAUGUAUGAAUAUGAUUGUGGAAUUCCUCCUCAAAUGCUUCUAAAACACUAAGGCAUCGUCUACAGCAUUUGUUGAAGCCAUGCUCUUCAGUUGAUUGACUGUUAUUUAUCAACAUGGAGCACAAACCACUUUCCAGAACUGAUGGGACGGCACUGAAAACACUUUUUACAGCAUUUUAGGAAUGACAACGGAAAGUUUGAUGUUGCUGACUGUAUAAAAGAACAAUGCUGGGAGUCACAUACUCUUCUAAAUGAUAGUUAGAUACUUCAGCAGUUGUGGAUUACAAUAGACUUUGGUGUGGGCGGGGUGAAGAAUUGUAAAUGUAUAUUUUUAAAAUACUUUCUAGAGAAUGGAAGUAGAGAAUGGAAUAAAUUAUGCGAAUCUCUUAGUUUUGCAUAGUAUAAAAUAUUUAUUUUAAAGGGAUUGUAUUUACUAAAUAAUUUAGUGAGAAAACCUCUUUGUAUUGUUUGCUACUGUCUCCUAAAUGUCUAUGUAUAUGUUGUGAAAUACUUCUGUCAUUUUUGUUCACUUAUCCUUUGUAUGAUAAAUUAAGCCAAAGACAUGUACACUAAUGAGGCUGACACACACACACACACACACACAACGAUCCCCACACUCUCUGGUAACAUCUCUCUGAACAGGUCUAAAAUUCUGAAGCACCCUAAAGCAAUGGAAACUAUUUGUUUCAUAGACUAUAUUUUAGGGAGAUUUUUGAUACUGCUUACAUAUUGAACAACUAACUGCCACAAACGAGGAACUAUUCAGUUGAGCCUAUUAGUCAUGCAUAAUUCAUGAAAUAUUCAAUAAACAGGACUAGAGAGCUUUAAAAGCUUAGAAUUACAGCACAUUAACACUUCUUUCAUGUCAGAUCUGCAGAAAUACUGCCUUGCCUUAAAUCAUCAACGAAAUCUCAAAAAUAUAAGUUAGACACACUGUAUGUACCAAUAAUAAAAGGGCGUUUGCUGCCUUAGAAGCCAUAAUAUACAGAAAUGCACCAACCUGUAAAUCAACACUGCAAUGAGACACAAAGUACACACUUAAAAGCACACAAGUACCCACAAAACCAUCGCACACAGAAACUACUACAGCUUAAUCAACUUCAACACACACUAGGGAAAGACUGUUUUUGAGACUGUCUUAGUGUCCCUCUUGCCCCUGUGUCUGACAGAUUUAGGCCACAUCCAUUUCAUCUAAUUGAUCCAACUCUUUUCUGCUCCCCAUCACAUGAAAGAUUUACUGCCAGUCAUAGUAAAGCCAUUAGCACAGGUGCUAAUUGCAAAUUGUGUUAAUUUGUAGCCUGACCUCAGAGUGGUGCAUGACCAAUGGUGUGGAUGAUUACUUGCUUUUUUUGGUUUUGCCCAAACAGUAUCUAUGUCAAAAAGUGGAAGGCGCUUAAUGGAGAAGUCAUUAUGAAAACUCUACAUCUAAAUUUCUGUGCAUGAGGCAGACUGUUCUGGCUGUUACAGUUUUUACAUUAAAAUAAGUGGAUGCAUUCUCACUUUGUCUAUGUUUACCUGAAGACAGAGCAUUUAAAUCAAUCAUAAACAAACACAGCAAGCAAUAAGAGCAUAAAACGUCAAGCUAGAGGUAUUUGAAUAAACCACAAAGCUCUGACAACAUUAACAUCAAUUAACAUCUGCACCAAAACAGUCUUGCACUGAAAAGAUGUCUGGCCUUUUGAUAAAGGAAUGUUAGUAAAAGUCAUGUUAAAUUCCACAUUUGUGUCCCUCAUGAACCACACACAUUACUGCUUUAUUCAAGCAUUACUGUUUGCCCACAAAAUCAAUGUAAAGACUGGAAAUAAAGAUGAUGUUUUGUCUGA